CCCAUUCUGUGAGGCCCGGUGUGCGCGAGCAUUGCAACCAAUGCAUGUAUGUUGAAUAACUUAUAAGCGGCUCGUAAAUGUGCAAACACUGUCUAGAAAAAAAAUAACAACUAUAAUCAGACCGUCUACCUCGUCACAAAAUAUCCCAUGUAAAAAUGCUGGGUGUUCGUGUCGCUGCAGGGAUAAGAAUUGUCUGCCCAAAGUCACUCGUCCGAAACGCAAGCGGCCCUACUCUACUCACCUGCUACCAUACACCACAACAAAACAGGAGCGGACCUUACAUCCCCCCAACUGGACGUAUCUCGUUCUCCUCAUUGACUGUACAUGUUAGACAUGCUUCGAGCAUCACUGGUAGCGACGAUGCUGGUUCUCCUGGAUGGUACGCGAGUAUCGCGGACUCGAACCUUGUUCACCUGACGGAACAGCUGUUGAUCAGUAGCCAGGGGGGUACUGCACUUCCCUGGUGGGCCAGUAUCAUGUGCACCACGCUGGCUCUUCGGACUGUCAUUACACUCCCGCUAGGAGCCUAUCAGAUGAUCGUCAUUGGAAAGGUUGAGGCGCUACAGUCCGAGAUAGCGGUGCUUGCCAAGAGACUUCGCUACGAGGUGUCCGUCCGAGCCCAGGAGUGUGGCUGGAAGGAGCGUCACUGCCGCUAUCAGUUCAAGAAGAACCUGCAUCGCAUUGUGUCUGAGCUGUACAUCAGGGACAACUGCCACCCCUUCAAGGCUAGCCUGCUGGUGUGGGUGCAGUUGCCCAUGUGGGUCAGUCUCUCCCUGGCCCUUCGCAACCUCAGCAUGGCCUCUUCCCCAGCUGGAUCUGCGCUGCAGACUGAGCUGUCAACAGGUGGCACUCUGUGGUUCUCUGACCUGACCCUUCCAGACCACACUUGGGUCCUCCCUAUCUCCCUUGGACUCAUUAACUUGCUCAUUAUAGAGAUCUUUGCAGUGCAGAGACUGCAGGUGUCUUCCCUACAGCGGUACAUGACCCACUUCCUGCGAGGUGUGUCCGUUCUGAUGGUCCCCAUCGCGGCCACCGUCCCUUCGUCCCUGGCUCUUUACUGGCUGAGCUCGAGCCUGGUGGGUCUGGGACACAACCUGCUGCUGCGCUCCCCACGCUUCCGCAUGGCCUGCCACAUCCCCCCGCUAAGGUCCGACUCCCAAACCCCUUACCGGGACCUGGCCUCCGCCCUCAGGAAAAAGUACCUCCCAUGAAGUGUGUGUGUGUCUGUGUGUGUGUGUGUGUGUGUUUUUUAUGUGACAUAAUGUGUUAAGUUUAGCCAAACUUGUUUCUGUAUGGCACAUGUUUGGCCACACUUCGGAACAAUCAAAUCAAAUAAACCUUUUGUGCUCUGAUGUAAAAUACGUCACCCA